ACCUCCCAACCCACACAAAGCCCAACGAAGCAAAUCCAUCUUAUCUUGAAAAGGAGAAAAAAGCCCAUUUGAGAAAGUGUAUACACUGAAAGUAAGGAAUAUGUCUGCAUCGCUUGGCUUUUCUAUUCCCUUGCCAUCUCAAAGGAAUGGUGGGCAUUUGAGAAAGGCAGGUGUGUUGUUGAAAAAGCCAAUGAAGGCCAUGGCAGCAGCACAAGGAAGGGAGAACUUAGACCACUUGCAAAAGGCUAACAACAGGCAGCCACAGACACCACCCCAACCCAAGAAAAGGGUGGCCCAAGUUGUUCCUGUAGGUAUAUGGGACCGAUUUCCAACUGCCAGAACAGUACAACAGAUGAUGGACACAAUGGAAAGGAUAAUGGAAGAUCCAAUUGGGUACCCAUCCCUAUCUGAAGAGAAUGGAGGGGGGAGUUAUAGGAGGGGACGAACUCCGUGGGAGAUAAAAGAAGGAGAGGAAGAGUACAAGAUGAGAUUCGACAUGCCGGGGAUGACGAAGGGGGAUGUGAAGGUGUGGGUGGAGGAGAAGAUGCUCGUUGUAAAGGCAGAGAAAGAGCCCAAGAAGAGCUCACAAGGAGAAGAACAAAGAGAAGAGGAGGAAUGGUCUGCGAAGAGCUAUGGAAGGUACAAUAGCAGAAUUGCAUUGCCGGAUAACGUUGAGGCGGAGAAGAUAAAGGCGGAAGUGAAAGAUGGGGUGCUGUAUAUUACAAUUCCGAAGGUGAGGAUGUUGACCAAGGUUUUGGAUAUUGAGGUCAAGUGAAAGAUGGAGCUGAGCAUUUUGAAACAUUAGUGUUGUGUUUGUAAAAUUCAGGGGAUUGCAAAGCUGAGAAAGAAAGAAAAACCUGACACACCAUGUUGUAGACGUUUCGUCUCUGUUUCUUAAUUUCUGUUUUCAAUCCAAUCUGCUAAGAGAUUUAUUUCAAUGCUUA